AUGUUCGUCAUUCGUUUGAAAGAUUUGGAUUCAUUCAGUCGCAGCAAUGAAAUCUGGAGAAUCGACAACCAUGUUCUAAUUCAAAAGUUCUGUGGUGUUCCUUCUCUCAAAGCGCCGGCAAGACAGUUUCAAUCGACGAACAGAAUGUCCGGAUACGAUUCUCGCGCCACGUGGCGUCUUUUUAUAAUCAAUCCGGACAGCGUAGAAAUUGAAAAAUAUGGAGGAGAAGUCACCAUACACAAUUUUCCGAAUAUCACUACUCUUCGUGACGCUAAAAAACUAGCUGAAAUGAAAGAUGAAGCUUUCAAAGAAAUUGAGAAAAGCGAGUUCGAAGAAAAGCUUCACAAAUAUGAGCAAAAACAACAAACCAAAAUGGAGGAGAAAGCGAAAAAACGACUCGAAAGGAAACAAAAGAAGUUGAAGCAAAAGUUGUUGAAGAAUAGCACCGACUCGAAAAGUUCCAUCAAAGCAACCGAUGAUUCCCAUACGUGGAGAGGUGCGAAUGAUAUUUCGGAAUCUUCUCUCAAUAUUGUUAAGAACGAUGAAUACGUAUGCCAGGAUGUGUUGAAUGGCAUCUUAGACGCAGUGGAUGAUGACGAACACGACGAAGACGAUAGUUUCAUCUCAAGUGAUGGAGAUAUCAGUGCUAGUGACGAUGUGGGAGAUGAAGAGGAAGACUAUACGGACGACGAUCGCGAUGAUGACGAUGCAGGAAGUUUGAUUUCAAUGGCUCACUCUACUGAUGAAGAAGAGGAAGUAGAACUUGUAAGCAAUGAUGGAAUCUACCAACUGUAUGGUGAAGACGAGAUACCGAUAGUUGCAAUGGAGAUUGUCAUCGAUUAA